AUGGACAGGAUUGUCAGUCUGUUUGAGAAGAUGAUGAUAGCUAUGUCUCCUCGGAGUGGUCUUCAUCGAAGUUGGAAUGAAGACAGAUUCAAGCUCGUUGUCGCUCGUAGUGCUAUAGUGACAGCACUGGAAUUGUCCAGUAUCGAAGAUAAAUUCUUGCAAGUGCUCACAAAGUAUGCUAGCGAAUUCUCGGAAGCUUUGAAAGAG